AGACUGAGCAUCGUCGCCAUGCAUUGACUUUCAAAGGCAAGUGGCGCUGUGGCGGCCAAAUUGAUCCCGGUGUUUGAGCAAGCCGGUUAUUAAGCUUGCUGAACUGCUCACAACUGAACAUUUUAAAAAAAUCAAGGAAACCCCAUCAAAUUACUCCCCAUCACAGUUCCAGCCCUACGCGGCUGGGGCUUGAGGCAGCAUUCCGGGCUGGACGCAAGGAAAGGAGCGCUUUUGAAACUAGUUUGGCAGUGGAAAGAUGUCAUACCUGCUGCCCCACUUGCAUAGUGGGUAUGCAGUGGACCAAGCAAUCCUUGCAGAAGAGGAUCGUGUCGUGAUUAUCCGCUUUGGACAUGAUUGGGAGCCCAACUGCAUGCAGAUGGACGAGGUCCUUGCUUCAGUCUCUGACCAGAUCAAGAACUUUGCGGUAAUCUAUUUGGUUGACAUUACUGAGGUCCCAGACUUCAACACCAUGUACGAGCUCUACGAUCCGUGCACAAUUAUGUUCUUCUUCAGGAACAAGCACAUCAUGAUUGACUUGGGCACGGGUAAUAACAACAAGAUUAACUGGGCGAUGACUGAUAAGCAGGAAUUCAUCGACAUAGUGGAAGUGGUGUACAGGGGGGCGCGAAAGGGGCGUGGUCUGGUGGUGUCACCAAAGGACUACUCUACUAAGUACCGGUAUUAACUGUUUACGUUUGUUGACUUUGGGAGGAGCCAAGACGCAUAUGCGCGCAGCUGCGAGGACGGUCUGGUUUCGAUGGGGGGACGGUGGAGUGUCGACGGGUGGGCAGGCCACGCACAUAUUCCGAUGAUAUGUGCAAUGCAUCCAUGGGAAGUGUGCACCUUCCUUCCUUGGGAUGCCAGCCGCGAGUAGGGUUGCUCCAUACUUCAACGAUAACUCGGGCGACCGAUUAAUGUGGUGUCAGUUGUCUGGCGUAGCUGAUUAGUGUGGCCUGUUACUUCAGUAGCGCUUCGUCACAUUUUUUAAAAUCUACAAAAGCGAUAGGUCAUGGAUGCUCUCUCUUUGGGUUACCUACACUUGUCAUGGUGGGGAGGGUGUCAUAUAGAGUCGCAGAUGGAUACGAACGUCAGCGUCGGUACUCUGAACGCCGCCGUAUCUUAUAGAGCAGGAGACGAAAUCACGGGAUUAUUGUGGAGGCCAUGUGUCGCCUCUGUUACGUAAGCCAGCUAUCAACACCUGCCCUCAUUGGCAUGGAUGGUGUGAGUGUCGCCUUGGGAGUGUACGGUGCACGCCUUUCCAGUACAGGGUUGACGCGAUUCGGCAGCUCCCAGGUUAGGCUAACGGAGGAUUGCUGCCACGAGGUUACGCUGCCGAUGUGGCCUGCCAUAAAUUUCGGUUUCCCGCUACAUUGCCGUUUUUUUGAGGACUACGACGGUAGCGACAUGAAAAUGCAACUUGCCAGUGCC